AUGAACAACACCCCUGAAAGAUCUUCAGCCUACAAGUCCUGGUCUGAUAUGAUAGGAAGCAGUACCAAACUUGGCAACAAGAUUGUUAAGGGACUCAUCAAAGAGUUUGCCCCAACCCAAAACCCACUUCAAGACCCUGUUCCAGAAGACAAUGACCUCCUACAACAGAUGACCAACAAAGUUACUCCACAGAACAAACCAACCUUGGAAAAUGAGGAACCUGACGAACAGCCACAAGAAGAAGGAGGUGCAACCUUGAAUGUCUCAGAGAAUGAAAUGGACCCCGAAGAACAGUUGGAAGAACCAGGGACCACAACAGAGGAACAUCCCAAUGAACUCACUGAAGAAGAGGAAGCAGCUGCCACAUCUGCACUCAUGAACAGUGACACAAAUGGCAAAGCAGACUCCCAGGACAACACUGAGCAGCCCAACAAACCAGGAAACCCAGGAUCCACCCCUCCCCAGCCCCAGAAUCCUUCAAAGACCAAGACAUACAGAAACUGUCCACUCUAUGCCUUGACCCCAAGACUGAAAUCACUAGACUCUGGCACAGUAUCACUCGCGAGAUCACCCUCAAGAAGAUCCUACCCUUCAACACUCUGGACAUCUCACAAGGAGCCAACCACCCCCAAGUGGCAGCAGUCUUCAGAAUCUGGGCCAACUCACCCAUCGUCCAGCAGAACCUGCACAAAUCCUUAUGGAAAACACCUGAAGAAUGGGGAUACUUUAUCCUAA